AUGGCGAGUUCCGCUGGCGAUUUGGACUCGGCUCGGAGCCAGUUUCAUGAGCCAUUGCCUACCUUGACUACUAUUUACUACACGAUUUUUGUGUACUUGCUCUACUAUAUCAAUCGAGCUGGUCAACGUGUUGCAUCGAUGAAGGCCAGAUUGGCCUCGAAGCCGAACGAUCCGCCCAACUCAACCAGAUCCUAUCCAUGCCGCCCAGAGCUUCCUAUCAGAAUAUUUACGCCAAAGUCCUACCAUGACGGUCUUAGCCAGAAUCUUCCGAUAUUAUUCACCGUCCAUGGAGGCGGCUUCGUCAUGGGUAAUCCUCAAAAUGACGAUGCCUGGAACCGUUACUUCUCCGAUACUUACUCCGUUUUGGUCAUUGCCUUGGACUACCCCAAGGCCCCGAGUGCUCGCUUUCCAACAGCCAUAUACGACCUGGAGCAGCUUAUCCUAGCAGCCCUGUCCGACUCGUCGCUCCCAAUCGACAAAGAUCGAGUUGCCAUCGCAGGCUUCUCAGCUGGUGGUAACCUUGCACUCUCCGUGUCCACUCUCCCCAGCAUGUGCGGCAGUGGAGAUGGCAUCCGUCGCAUCAAGGCCGUCAUCUCAUUGUAUGCGCCUGUGGACAUGUCUAUCGAUCGCAAUUACAAGACUCAGACGCGGAGAUACAAACCUUCGCUAGGAGGUUUUCGUGCUCGACCUACAGAUUGGCUGCUGCGCCUCUCUCCAAUCUUUGACUGGGCUUAUAUCCCACAUGGUCAAGAUCUACAGGAUCCCCUCCUGAGCCCCAUCUACGCUUCGAAGGAUGCCUUGCCUCCAUGUGUCUUCGUGAUUGCUUGUGAGCUCGACAUGCUCGUGGGUGGCUCACAUAGGAUGAUUUGUGGCUUAGCUGGUCGUCCUGUUGGUGAGGUGAGAGUGGGCAAGGAUGAACCAGGUCCUGUUGGGGAGCUCAUUCUUGAUGACGAAAAGUACUGCUUCGAGGAUUCAAGGGAGAAUGGAAGCUACAAGUGGCUGCUUGUUCCGGAUCAGGUCCACAGCUUUGAUCACCACAAACAGAUGGAGUCGGUGCACAGGGACAAAGCUCAUGCCUUGGAUGCUGAACCUAAAGCCAAGCACAGCCAGAAGCUCAUUGCGGAAUGGUUAUUCUCUGGGCCAUUUAAGCAGGCUGCGUGA